AUGUCUUUGUCGCUCGCAGUAAAACCUGCUGGAAGCGCUAAUGGAGGAGAUUCAUGGUUUCUGUCUGGCCACAACAAUGAUGUGUUAGGUAUUGCCACUGACGGCAGCGGUGUUUUUGCCACGUGCGAUGUGGAGGGUGUAGGGCUGUUUUGGAGGCAUGAUGUUUCUCUCCAUGAUGGCGGUCCAACCCAUGUCAGUAGAAUCGCCACAGAUGGCCCUGCGAUUGUGGAUGCCUGCUUUUUCCGCCUUACACGUCUUUGCACGGCUCAGGGCGAUGGUACUGUUGGCGUAUGGAAUGUUGAGACGGGGCAGCGAGAGCAUUCAUUCUGUCGGCUCUCUGGUCGUGGGAAACCCAUGAAUUGGACGGUUUUAAAUGCAGUGACGGUGGCGAAUGAUACUUCCAUUGUUUUUGGUGGGGAUGACGGCUUUUUGGUGUUGGGCGAUUUCAAACAGAAGAAAAAUGGCGCAACAAUUAAUCUACGCGUGCCAAUUACUUCAAUUGCGGCUUCGGGUGACUCAAUUUUUGUUGGUGACGUCCUUGGGAAUAUUCGCUGUUUUGAUGCCCGUACGAUGAGAAGCCUCUACAGCCUCAAGGGGCACAGUGACGUUGUGAAUUGCGUGGCCCUCAACGUGGGUGCCACCAGCAUGGUGUCCUACGGCAUGGACAACUCGCUUGUUUUGUGGGAUGUCAUGCCAUUUGCAAUCAAUACGAGUGAUCGUCUGCUUCAUCGCAUCGAGGUGCAGCAGGGUGAGUCGCGCACUCUUUUGCGCUGUGGGUGGUCCCGGAAUGACACCAUUGUGGUGCCCGCCGGGGAUGGGCACGUUGUGUGCGUAAGUGCGUUGAAAUUUGAAGGGGCCCGAGCGACACUUCCCGUUCGCCAUCGCGAGGACUCCGUAAAAUCUGCCGUGUUUGUUGGCGAUGAUCUCGCCGUUAGUUCUGCUGGAACCGAAGUUAUCCUGCAAAGGGCCUAG